AUGGCGCGCGACAGCACUCCCAGCAAUGCGCACGACAAAAAGGCAUCCGCAAACGCUGUCUACAUCCGCCUCGUGCUCCCACCCUACACCAUCCACUUCAAAUCCUCCACCUACAUGAACCCUACAACCCUCGACUUCCUCGACAAGAAAGUUUGCAAAGAGAUUCUCAAAAAGUCUGCCCAAGAUGUCUCCGUUCGCGAAGCAAUCGGCACCGAUACGAAAUUCUGGCCCGAACUCGCGGUGCUUCUAAAAGCUGCGAUUCCCAGCCUUGAAAGGAGGAGUUUCACGAUAUGGGACCCCAGUAGCGUGGAUUAUGAAAGCACGAGCGGCGCGCUGAUCGCGAGUCACUACCCGGGGCUGUGGAAAGAUUUGGAGAGAAUUAACGAUUUGAUGGGGAUUGCAAGGAAUGUCUUGACGAUGGGGGCGAAAGUGCAGGAUCUUUGCGCAAGCUACAGUCUGGAUGCUGAGGUGUUCCGGCUUAUCAACUGCUGUGUGCGCGUCACAGCACGCGGGUACGAUGGUGAUGCUGGGACAGGAGAUGAGGAGAAGUGGCAGUGGAUUGUGAAUGCCUAUAAGAAACUGCUCAUUACGAGCUUGCAAUUUCUCAACAACUUGGUGGCGCAGAAUGAGAGGAGGAAACUGAUGCUGUGGGUCAGUCUAUUUGACAACAGUGGUGCAGAGGCAGUAUUCAGUCCUGAGGAUGUGCCGGAGACGAGUUCUGCGAGUUUGACGGAUGUUCCGAGUAAUCCUACGAGCAAGCCGGCCCCGCCGUUGAACAGUAUGGACAUGCUGGUUGCGUUUGGUACAGAUGGUAAGAGGCAUGUCGAUCCUACUGGGGCCGAGCCGUUGUGGGACGACACGCCUUUUGCAGACUAUCCUCUGCCGCCGGAGGCUCUUGAGGGGAGGGAUAAGUUGCAGGGAAAUGGUUAUGCAUUCUAUUGUAAGAGGGCUGCGGGCAUCUGCAAGGAGGACUACAACAUCGAACGCAAGAGAGACCCGACACUUGGAGAGAUGCAUCUGGAAAUGCCACGAAGAUGGGCUGAGCUUACGGAUGACGACCAUGAGUACUGGCAAGGACUGUACGAGGAUGCGAUUGCGAAGUACCGACAAGAUCUGGCUGUGUACGAGGCGAAGAUGCUGGCAGUUACAGAGCAACAGCCUGUGCUGAGAAGCGAUGUGCCGGUUGCACAACAGACGAGGCAGGUAGAGAGGAAGAUCGCCAUGUUGGAAGAGCAACUUGCCGAGAAGUAUCGUACCGAGAGCGCUGACAUCAAACCAAUGGAGCCUGCCAUCUACGGUAAGGACGGUCAUCUGACGUUCGACAAUAAAAGUCUUCAGAGCAGACCCGUGGUAGCAGACGACAUGAGGAUGCUUUUCACAGCUGAAGCGGGCACGAAGAUACUCGAGUCUGGCAAAGCAGAGCUCAUGAAGAGGCUCGAGGGUUAUGAGGCACCGCCAGAGUCGGAGAUGCCUCCUCCAAAUACCCAAAGACCUAUGGCGGAGGAAGUAAGAUUUCGAGACAUGAUGGCAGCUGAGACUCGCGAUGUCGAGGGUGAAGUGACCCGACCUGUAUACACUGACGAAGCGGGCAACCCAAUCGAGAAGACCAGGAGCAUGUCCCGUACACCACCGAUACUGCAUCCAAGCGACCCGCGCCUGCCAGAAAACCAACAGCCAGCGACCCAGAAUCCACACGAUCCUACAGGCGAAGCUUUCGAGGAGAGCGAGGUCGAGGAAAGUGAAGAGGAAGAAGAGGAGGAAGAUGAAGAGGGGCAGGAGGAAGAAGGCUCCGAGGAAGAAGAAGAUGAAGAGGAGGAGGAAGAAGAAGAAGAAGAAGAAGAAGAAGACUAUCCUGGUAGUACCGAAGAUGGUCGCGGUCUUCUUACUGACGUUCCUCUCAUCCUGGGUCCAUCAGAAAUAGAAGUUCUGCCGAUGCUCAUCAUGUCAGGGAUUGUGCCGCCGCCAGCAUCAACACUAGCAGGCAGUCGCCUCACUAAGGAUGAGACGAAUGCUCUAUUGAACAUGCACGUUGUGCGGACACAUCUGCUGCUCAGCCAGAGUAAUGGACGGAAUCUGCUGCGGGAACUGCUCAUCUUCGUCGCAGCUUGGGAUCUGCGGGAAGAGGAACUCUACUUCAAGUUCAUGGUCAAGAUCAUGGAAGCUAUUCUUCGCAAUGGCCUGAUGCCUUAUGCAUAUCAUGCGUUCCGGGACAGAUCGAGGUCGAAGGACAUUAUCAGCCCAGCACAAGCGGUGAUUAUGAAGCUUCUGACUUGCAUCUUCAGAGCGAGAGGAGAAGCACAGAAAGCAACUGUCGCAGCAAAUGCACAAGCCAAGAACGACGCUGCACUACACGAUGCUGGCAAGGGCAAGGCGCCUAUCACGAUGACCGCGGGUGCCGUGCAUGGUCCUGCGAAUCAGUACAGGCCUGUGAUCAGCCUUCCUCACAUGCCCAGCAGAGUCGACUUACACAUAUUGAACUUCAUCUUCACGGAGUUCAGGCAGCACAUCAUACCACAGACAUGUGCCUUGAUCUUCCUGCAAGGUCAAAUUCAUGCCGGUCGUGCAAGUCCUGAAGACUUCCCGUUGAACCUGUGGGACAUGGAGAGAAUGUACGAGGGUGUGUAUCAGUACCUCGAGUUCUUCGCUGUGUUGACGGAAGAGGGUGUCUGGAAGGGCAUACUCGGCGAGUGGGAGAUGGCGAGCGAACUCGUCACACUUCUCAGAGAGCUGGAAGGCGGCAUCCCUAAGAUGGGCGCUGUGGUGCAAAGCCUCCCACGAAGAGUCGAGAAUGUGCAGAUGGCAAGUCACCAUGGUGCAGUGAGGCCACCACAGAGAGCGAUGAGUGCCGAUGCGGCCAUGAUGCCAGGCUUGAGGGCACCGAGCCCAUUGCCACCUAUGUCGCCAAUGCCAGUGCCUUCUGCGCCAGUGUCGACCCCAGCCAGGAUGCCGACGCCAGUACCUCAACAAGCUGCACCUGUAGCUAUCGAGAGGCCAUUUGAUGUCAAUCCGACAUCACCAGGUAUCGACCCAAGACUGCCUCCUUUGCCGCUUCAUCCGCCGACGACCACCACCAACGGCAAACAACCACUCUAUGAAGCUGAAACACCCCUCGCUUAUCCCGACGACCACCACCCGAACAAUCCUCCACUUCCAAACACGAACAUCGCCCCUCACCACGACCAAGACGAGCCCUCCGACUUCGAAUGGCGCAACCUCAAAAAGCUCACUGUCCUCGUGCUCUCAUCCCUCAUCUGGAAGAACCGCACAGUCCAAGACCAAGUUCGCCGCUAUGGAGGCCUCGAAGCCCUUGUAGGCUGCUGUCGACCCGACGAGCACAACCCAUACAUCCGCGAACAUGCCAUUAUGUGUCUACGCUUCGCAGUAGAGGGAUGCGAAGAGAAUGGCAGAGUCAUCAGGAGCAUGGCGGAGGGCCACCCAGGCAGGAAGAAAGCACCAGUCGCGAUUGAGGGUGGUAACAUCACACCUAGCAGCGUCGGAGCCGCCAUCGAAGACGUUCCACGUGAAGUCCUUGAUACACAAGGAUAUGAGACAUUCGUGGAUCCUAAAGGACAAGUCGGGCUGAGGAGGAAAGAUGUUGGCAUGUCUGGUCCUUCACACCCGCCACAGCAACAGCAAGGUCAUUCGCAGAAUAGUGCCGGCGUUACGAAGCCGAGGCUGAGUUCGACGAAGUUGACGGCUGAACGGGCGGCGGAGUUGAUGUCGAAUCGGGCUUUUGAGAAGAGUGAGAGGGAUAGGAAUGGCUGA